AUGUCCGCACAAUCACAUUACACACCUCAAGGAAUUCCCUCGGACGGCCAGUCGAUAGAGGAUCUCAUCUCUCAGGAGAGAAAAACCAUCACAGAAUUGCUUCUUCCUGAGGCACCACCGACAACCGUCACCAAUGGCCUGGCUAAUGCGGACCAUCUGAAUCCCCCGGACCUUGAUGUUCUCGCCUCAGCUCUCGGUGCUCCCGCCCGGCAAGUCCUAAGGCGUGCCCAAGAAUUGGGUCCUUUGACUGGGUGGAGGGAUGGUUACUUGACAAGCACGCACGGCUUCUGUCCUCCAGACCCGUCAGCAGCGCCGGCCGCACUCUCAAUGUCACCUGGGAGAAUAUGGUCAGAUCUUUGCGAAAGAAUGCCAGCCGUGGUAGCGCGUGGCAAAAUGCGUGAAUCAAUCCUGGCUUUGCCUCUCGUCUAUGGUACAGAAGACAUCAUACCUGACCAAGCUCUCUGGGCUGCCGUUGUUUGCUUAGGUAUACUUGCCAGCGUUUACAGAUAUGAAGAGCGCAACGAUGGGCACGAGGGGAUCAGCGUAACAGCACCUCCUGGAACUUUUCGCAACUUGUCAGGUGAAGCAGAUGACGAAGAAGAAGAGACGAAAGGAAUUCCCCGAAAUAUUGCUAUCCCCCUCCGACAGAUAUGUACGAGGAUGGGUAGAGUUCUGCCCCAUUUGACUCAGUACGAUGUCUCUGUAUACAACUACAAGCUUCGAGAUCCUACCAGCAUCGAUCCAUAUGUCGCGAGAUGCGAAAACAUGGACCUACGGUGGCCCGUCUUCAACGAUCGUGGGGAAGCUAUGUUCCUCCUAUGCAUGGCUGAGACACAUGGAUGCUUCGUCGAGGGCGUUGAGUUGAUCACAAGGUGUCAGGAACGAGUCAUGUUGAAGGACAAAGAAGGGCUUCUUCGAGAGCUGAUUAAAUUGAAAGCGAUCGUUGACAGAUUUGUCCACGUCUUUCAAAAGAUUAGUGUCAAUCCAAACUCAGGCGAGAAUUUUGCAAAUCCAGUCGAGUGGGGCCAGAGAUAUGCAAAAUUCAGCGCUCCCCUUUCCAAACGAGUUCCUGCAUUGUCCGGACUUGCAUUGCCCGUAUUCUUAUUGAUGGAUGCGUUCAUUGGAAGAACAAAAUACGACAGCUUCCUUGGAAAAGAAGCUCUCCAUCUUAGAGCCUGGCUGCCAAUGAAUAUCCGAGCGUUCAUCGCUGCUAUCGAGUAUCAUUAUCAGGUUCCUGCCUUCGUGAAAGAAUCCGGCGAUUCACGUCUGAUGGGCGUCAUGGAGGGCAUACUCGAGGCUUAUCUCUCGGAGCGCGGUUGGUUCGGAACGCAUCGCUAUAAAGUCUAUGGCUUCUUGGAAGUCGUCGCAAAAACUGGUCGAAGUGAGACGAACGGGAAUGCCGGGUCGUCCGACAAUAUUGGAAGGCCUUGGGAAGAGGUGCAUAAAACGCUUUCCGAGUCCAUGAGAGAACGUUUAGAGCCUUUCCGAGGCAAAGUCACCUUGCAACCGCACGAGCUCCGAGGAUCGUUCGAAGAAUGCAGAUUCAAAGCAAGAAUUCUGUCCCGAUCCUUCGUUGAUACGGAUCCUCAGCGGUCCACGGCCAUGGUGACCUUCGGCCUCGAAGGCACUGGUAUCACAUUCCAACCCGGAGACCGACUUGCCAUUAUGCCACUCAACAACUGGACAGAAGUUGGGAAGAUCACUGCCGCUCUAGGGCUGGAUGAGUUCCUUCACAAACCAGUCCCACUUUCACAAACUCCAGAUUGGAAUCGUUUUGCCCGCCAUCUGAAAUCGGUCAAUCGAACUAACAGCGAGCCCUCAUUGACUGUGCAAGACAUUCUCCGACGAGGACACUUGGCGCCUCUGACAAAGGACAUGGUCAUGGCUUUCCAUAUGACUCUCCGUGCCUCGUCAUCAACCGUAGUAAAAGUUUUAGGGUCAGAGAUGUGGCCGGUGGAGGGCAGCAUAGGAGACCUGCUUCAACUUGCAGUCGCAGAAGUUUCUCCGACGAUUUGGGACCGAGCAUUCGACCUGUCCGAUCUUUCAUGGCUUCCGAAAUUGAUCCCUGUUGAGGUUCCGCGAACUUACAGCAUCUCCAACUACUCGCAUGAAUUGCUUCCGAGCACUGUUGACCUGACUGUCGCUCGCUCUGAGUCUCAGCUAGCCCCGGUACUGCAGCCCACCGCUCCCUACGGUCGGCGAUAUGGGGUAAGCAGCGGAUGCCUUAAUCCAGAUCCUUCUCAUUCAGGAGAAAUGCUUGACGACGAAGAGUAUCUCAUUGGGGUUUCUCGACCUAUCAAUUUUCAACUUCCAGUCACCAUGACUGGUCCUAUUGCAAUGUUUGCAGGCGGAUCUGGUAUCGCACCUUUCAGAGGAUUCUGGCAAGCAAGAGCACAAACCAGUGUUGGAAGGAACAUCCUUUUCCUCGGGGUACAGUCGCGUGAGCGAUUGUCCUACGAGCACGAACUUCGAGAAUACGUACGAAACGGCCAGAUUGAAGUUCAUACUGCAUUCUCCAGGGACAGAAAUGGUCUCGUUUAUGAUUCCGUGUCUCGUGAUCUCGUCGAGAAGCAAAUGAAUCCCCGGUAUCUCGACGCCGCAAUCAUCGAACAGGGGCGAACAGUCUGUGACCUCGUUAUCUCAAAGAGUCAAGGAGGACUCGGAGGACACCUGUAUAUCUGUGGCUCCGUGUCGAUGUAUGAAACAAUUAUGUCAGGAAUUCGGCAAGCCAUCUAUCAAAACUGGGCAUCAACAAAGGAGUCGGCGGACAGCUUACUGGCCAAAGCAUUUGCAGAACGACGCUUCAUGUUGGACAUUUUUAUGACACCACGUCCAAUCAGCUAUGCCACUCCGAGGAUCCCUCUAUCGAAGCUGGCACUGAACACUGGCCAUCGCAAAGGGUCUAGAAUGUACAUUGGAGUACACGGAGGUGUUUACGAUAUCACAGAUUUCCUCCCCAUUCACCCUGGGGGCACCUUGAUUGCUCAGGCAAGUGCCGGACUGGAUGCCUCCAAGACCUUUGACGACGUGGCCCACACCACAAAUCCCGAGGUUAUGAGUCUCCUGUCGAAAUAUUUCGUCGGUCACCUUGCAGCAAAACCGGAUUUCCGAUCUGUUGAGAUCAGUGGCAUUUACGAUCUCUGGUAUCAAUAUCUGCGCAGUUGUGUGGAAGCGCUCACCACGUUACACUUCGAAGUGGAUUACAUUCAGCAAGAUGCCAGAACUUGGUUUCAAGGGGAUCUCUUCAACAUGGGGGGCGUGAGAAAGUUCUAUCAAUUCCAGUCGAGGCUGAUGCAGAAUGGAUUUUCCACUUUGUUUGGCGCAAAGCUUCAGGAGCUGCAUCUUAAGCUCACAUUCGCACUUGUCAAUUCUGGCACACCAGAUACUCGCGUACCAGAUGUCAUUGGCGUCAUCACAAGGGCGCAGGCGUCCGCCGCUGCCGCUACUGCUGCAAACGAAAUCGCGCAGAUCGGAUCAUUCGUUUGUAACAACCAACAAGCUCAGUUUCAAGAAAACGGGAUCCUCCGUUACGCCCGUGCUGUGACCGAGUUGGACGUCCAGUUUCUGGAAGAGAUCCGUGAGGAUGCCUGCAUGGGUAUGGACGCGUUCGAUGUCAUUGAGUGCAUCGAUUCGGGUACAGAGAAGCACAGACUAGUCAGUCUUAGUGCAUACCUGCUGUCAGUUCUAGAGCGUAUUGCUGAGCGCCUCGACACCUUCUACUCCAGACUCGCCAGAGAAUCCAUCUAUCGCCCCGAAUUAGAGAAGAACCCAGCAAGGACACGAUGGAAUGUGCUGAGGAGGAAGAUACAAGAUGGUUCUUUUUUCAUCCUGGCUCAAACUUCAACCUUUAGUGGCGCUAGCAAUGCGGCAAAACCAUUCCGCUCAACACGAUACGCGGAUCAGGAUAUUGUGUUUGCGCAGGUUGUCUCGCAGGCCAAGCAAGCAAUUGACGUUGGCCACCCAUAUCCUGGCGGAGAGACCAUUCGAAGCUCCAACACGGAUGCGACUCGUCCGCUUCGCCUCGCCGAUUCGCAUACUGCCAGGGCAGCCCUUGGUGUUGAUGCCCCAUCGUCUUACGAGGUGCAUGAGUCGCGAAACGCACUUCAAUCGAUCUCUACCUUCAUGGACUCGAACAUGCAGUCCAUCAAGCGGUUGAGUCAGUUACCUUCGGACCUAAGUUUUGCGAACAUCAUGGCGGCAUAUGGCACUACCGGUAAAAAGUUACCAUCCGUGCCGUCGCUAAAGGAAAUGGACGAAGGGUCUCCUGGUCCCGCUGAGCAUCAAAGCGAAGAUUCAAAUUCACUGUACGCUAGCCGCCGACCCGCUCCUCCGUCAAUGUCCGCGAGACCUGGAUCAAGAAGUCGAGAUAAUCCACGAGGAGAUAAUAUGCCGCGACCUUUGAGGCGGCCAACGAACGGGUCGAUUUCUAGCGUGACUGGGCUCCCACACAAUCCCGCACCCAGCGCCCAAAGCCAUGCAUCAUUCAUAGGGAGGCCCUCUCCUGGGCCGUUGCUGCCGGGCUUUCCAAGUCGAGGUCGAUCUCAAUCUCGCAGCAGGAGUGGUUCCGAGAAUAGCUUGAGUCACCGUUGGGCUAUGGAUACUUCUAACGGGCCCAUCGAAGCACCCGUUAUACCUCCGCAACCAAGGCUCAUGCGCCGUCAACUUUCUGGUACUCCAGCUCAGAAUAGGAUUGUGACCGAGGUUGAGUCCACAUCCAGAAGUCCGCUCGCUCAACAGCCGAUGUCGCAAGGCUCCGAGACGGCUACCAUGCCAGCCACUCGCCAGGGAGUUCCACAAAUCAUGGACGAAAGAAUCCUGAAGCAGAUGCAACAGCAGAAUGAAAUCAUCAUGAAAGCUCAAGCUAAAGGAGCAGCGACCGCCGACACUGGGUCGUCAGUAUCUAGUGGUCUACGAACAUUGAAAUUGGCAACAGCCCCAGCACCACUGAGAACAAGACAAGCAAUGGGACAGGGAUCUGGGGCUCCUGAUCUUCCGCUGGGAAAUACAAUGGACAGCUUCAGAGCACCGCUCCCGCUGCUCAAUAUACGAUAA